AUGUCGAGCCGGGAGCGCAUCCAGAAGGCGCUGGACUCGCUGCUCUACCUGCCGCACCUCCAGGCCCAGCACAGCGACGAGCCCAGCCUGCCCGUGGCGGUGGGCCCCGGGGGAGCGGCGGCGGGCGCCGGUGGCGGCAAGGGCCGGCCCUGGGAUCGCGGCGACCUCUUCCGCCGCCUCGCCACCUUCCGCUCCUCAACCUGGUUCUGCAAGCCGGCGGUGAUCAGCCCCGUGGAGUGCGCGCGGCGCGGCUGGACCAACACCGCCGCCGACCUGCUCAGCUGCGAGUUCUGCAAGGCCAAGGUCAGCUGCCCCAUCCCCGCCGACCUCCUGCCGGAGCAGGCUGCUGCGGCAGGGCAGCGGUACGUCUCCAAGCUCAGCGAGUCGCACGAUGCCGCCUGCCCCUGGCGCACGGGAUCCUCCUCCCUCUCCCUGCUGCAGUUCCCGCCGCUGACCGCGGAGGCGGUGCGCCGCGACUUUGACGCUCGGUGCGCCGCGCUGCAGCGCCUGGCCUGCCUGCCGCCCGUGGCGGCGGAGCCUUACGAGGCUCUGGUUGCAGCCUCCAGCAGGCCCCGCCUGGACCAGCUGCUGCUGCAGGGCCCGCCGGGCUGCCACCAGCAGCCGGCAUCGCACGCCGCGGCAGCAGCGGUGCAGUUGGAUGCGGCGGCCAGCGUGGGGCAGGGCACCGCGGCGCUGGGCACGCCCCCGUUUGAGGCGCGCGCGCGGCUGCUGGCGCUGUGCGGCUGGGACCUCAAGCUCAUGACGGCAGCGCCGCCGACGCCACCAGCCAGAGCAGCAGCAGCAGCCGAGCUUGGCGGCGGCAGCAGCCAGCAGCAGCAGCCGCAGCCGCAGCCGCAGCAGCAGGAGCUGCCCAGCCUGGUGGGCCCCGAGAGCGCGGCGCUGCUGUGCAGCCUCUGUAACGCCAAGGCGGGCCUCUGGACCUUCUUCCCGCACUGCAAGCCGCUGGUGCUGGCGGCGCCGCGGCGCCGCGGCGGCCCCGCGCACUCGCCCUCUGCCGCCGUGACCAGGACAGUGAGCCGCAACGUGGCGGCCGACAUGGGAACCACCAUUGCGGGUGGCGCCAUGGCGGCAGCUCCCUUUGGCGCAGCCGCGCUGCAGCCUGCUGCUGCCGAUGCCCUGGCCAGCAAUGGGGCCAGCAAUGGAGCCGGUCAUUCUGGUGCCGCGCAAGAGUCAGAGGCCACAGCGGCGGCGGCGGCUUCAGCGCCUUUUGGUAGCGGCAGCCGCGGCACCGGGGCCGGCGUGCCAGUGUUCGGGUUUGCGGCACUGCAGGCGUCCAAGCCCGCGGCAAGCGAGGAGGGCGCUGGCGCGGGGCAGGCGGGGGCCGAGGCAGGGCUCGGGGCUGGGCUGAAGCGCAAGCAGCCCGACUUCAGCUGGCAGGCAGUGAUGGCUGACAUCGAUGCCAAGGCAGCAGCAGAGAAGCGCAGCAAGGCGGCAGCAGGCAAUGGCAGCGCUGGGGCCGCAGCAGCAGCGGCGGCGGCGGCGGCGCCCGCCGCGGCGCUGCCCGGCGGCCAGCAGCAGCUGGUGGCGGCGGCCGCUGUGGCGGGCAAGUAUGUUGGCGUGCAGGUGGCGGCGCUGGACCCUCUGGCGCUGCACCGCCCCUUCUGCCCCUGGGCGGGCGAGAAGGAGGGGCGCUGCGGGUGGCGCUGGUGCCUGCAGCAGCUGGCGGCGCCUGCCGCGGCAUCAGGUCUGGGCGCAGACGACCUGCCGGCGGCAGCCGAGGGCGGCGAGGGCGAGGGCGGCGGCGGCGGCAAGGGGUGGGACCCCGCCAAGCUGCUCAGAAGCGUGCUGCAGCAGGUUGACGUCCACAAGUAG